AUGGGCAACAAUCUCUCGUCGACCUUUGUCCCCGACACGUCCAAGGUGGUGCUCAGCCCGAGCGACCGCUUCGGCGACAUUCUUCUCGUCAUCAUAUGGGGGCUCGUCCUGUACGUCUGCGCCAUGAUCUUCACGACGUGCGCCCUCGUCGACCGCUGGAAGGGCCCCAUGGACAGGAUACGCGUGGGCGGGGGGUCGGUGCUGGCCGCGAUAUUGCUGUCGACGGCCUGGCCCGUGGUCAUGGCAUACAUUGUGUUUGCGGGCUGA